UGGGGCCCCCGGGCAAUAGGGGAUCAUGGGGCCCCUGUGUCUUUGCCCAAACUCAAAAAAGCCUAUGAAAAAAGUACCAGGGGCAUCUCAUGGGGCCCCCUACUGACCCCGGUUUCCAAAUGUGAAGGUAUUUUACCUUCAUGCAUGAAGGUAAAAACCCUCAGCCAGGGGUGGACUGACAACUCAUGGGGCCCCCGGGCAAUAGGGGAUCAUGGGGCCCCUGUGUCCUCGCCCACACUCAAAAAAGCCUAUGAAAAAGGUGCCAGGGGCAUCUCAUGGGGCCCCCUACUGACCCCUGGGCCCUCAGGCAGUGCCCAAGUUUCCAAAUGGUCAGUCCGCCCCUGCCCUCAGCCUUCAGAACCAUUUUGAUCUUGGUGUGU